AUGAAGAUGGAGGGAGUUAACGAACUGGUCAACGGACGUAAAAUUGGACGUGAAUUUGUUCGUCAAUACUAUACGAUGCUAUCAGAGCGGCCACAAGAUGUGUUCCGUUUCUACAGUCAUGAAUCCUAUUUUGUACAUGACAUCGAUCAGCCGGUACAAGGACAGCAGAAAAUUCGUGAGGCAAUCGAACGUCUUGAAUUUGUCGAUUGUAAAGCACGUAUCUACACGGUUUGCGGUACAGCCACCAUCAACAAUUGUCUAGUUGUUCAGGUUUGUGGUGAACUGUCGAUGAACGAUCAGCCGGGAAGACGUUUCCUUCAAACGUUCAUUCUGUGUCCACAAACUCCAAAGAAAUACUACGUGCACAACGACGUGUUUCAGUGGUUGGAUCGAGCUUUCGUUGAUCUUGUACCGACGAACACACAGCAGCAGCAACAAAAUGUAAGUGAAAGUGUGCAAAAUGAAGUGGACGAACGUGGUAACAGUGGUUUGACGAAUGGUGGAGUGCAACCGACUGUAAAUGGGCAUCAACAAGUGCCUGCAGAUGGAUCUCUCCAUCAGUCGUCAACCAUGUCAACGGCAUCAGCACAAGAAAAUGUUGUGGAAAGAGACGAGAAAAAAGAAAUGGGUGGCGGAGGUGAGUUGAAUGAACAGAAUGAGAAACUGCAAGAAGCACAGCAUGAGCUAUCGUCUGACAAACAGCAACACGACGAACAAACGCAACGAGGUUUUGAGACUGCAAAUGAGGUGAAUACAACGACGCAUGGUGAUAGCGCUAAUGAUAAUAUGACGAGCACAACGAAUGCCAAUGUGAAUGUUGUUGCAGCACAACCCAAUGAGCAGGCUCAAGAGCAACAAGCACAGCGCACGGUCGUAACGAGCGCUGUGGAUACAGGACCAAAGACAUGGGCUAAACUGGUCGGAGGCAGGUCGUCGUCAUCAUCAAGCAGCAAUCAACCGCAAAGGCAAUCGUCUAAUAUAGCUGCUGCUACUGCAUCCCAGACGCAGCAGCCUCAGACCACUUCGAAUAAUUCCGUUAUACAACAACAACAACCAUCACAAAAUAUCCAACAAUCGAAUGUUGAAUUUGCUUGGUCCGUUGAAGAAUCAGAGGUGUAUGGUGGUGGCAGUAACACGAGUGCAACGACAGCAGCAGUGGCGCAUACGGGUAAUCGUUUCGGUGCUAGUGAGGAUGCGUGUCGUUUGUACAUUGGCGGUAUCUCGAGGAAUAUCAUUCCGGACGGACCGGCAGUGGUGGAACGCGAGAUUAGAAUGGCGUUUGAGAAAUUCGGUCCGGUGGCAACAGUGAACGUACCAAGACGUGUUCUGGAUGGACCGGAAGCACAACGAAACGUUUAUGCGUUUGUUGUGAUGAAAACGGUUGAGGGUGCGAAGAACGCGUUUGCUGCGUGCAGAAAGGAUCGUGGAAUGAAUUUCCUAUCGUUGAGAAUCGAUUCAUUCGGAUUUGAUGGUGAAGCAACUCUAUCUGAGCAAAAGGGAGCACAGAGCAGUGGAACUGGCCAGGGUGGUCCCAGAGGAAUGCCAUACCGUGGACCUCCGAUGCAGGGUUGGUAUUAA